CAGCUUCGAAACAGCUCUAUUUCCCAGCCGGAGGUGUUGGCAGGGAAAUGGAUCAAGGCUGUGGGGUGUUCUACAAACAUUGACGUCGUUACUGAGAACUCCGAGAGCCCUCCGGGCAAAUUAAAGGUUUGGUUGAAGACACUUGGUCACCAUGGCAACGACAAUCUUGCCAUUUUACCAAAAGAAGCAUAAACAUUAUGGCUUUGAUUACCGCAGCUCGGAUAGCCAAAGACUUGUCAAGCACUACACCACCAGAAGCAGCUCGACCAAAAGGUCUUCAUCAGCACUUCAAGCAUCGUCAGCUGUGUCUCAUUCGGCUAGGUUCAGGUUCAGUCCCUGUGCCAAGAGGAUCUGCUACUGUCCUGUACACGAGGUUCCUGAAUACACCAUCCCUUCAUUUAAGAGCAGAGUGGUCGAGGAGUCGUCGCGGAGGGUGAAAGCGAGGUCCUUUCUGUAUGGCACCAAGCUGAGAGCCAUGGAGAACGAGAUAUCUCGGCUGAGUAGGACUGCCCACGAGAGCACGGAAAUGCUGGCUCUGACCAGGAUGGAAGAGGAGAGGACGGCUCUCCAGAGACACGUGCGAGAGGACGCCCUGUGCCGAGCUCCCGAGUUCCUUGUCCGACUGAGGUCCCACACUGUCUGGGAAAACUCCUUUGUGAAGUUGUGCUGCACCGUGCAAGGAUUCCCCACCCCCUUGGUCAGAUGGUAUAAAGAUGACGUCUACAUUGACCAGACUGGUACACCAGGGAAAUACAGGAUGGAUAGUUAUUAUGGUGUACACUCGUUGGAGAUUAGCAGAUGUACGACCAGCGACACUGCUCAGUACACCGCUGUGGCCUUCAACAUCCACGGAGAGUCUUCCACCAACGCCGCUGUCAUUGUCAAACGGUUCCAUGGGGAUGAAGAGCCUUACCACUCGGUGCUGCUCCCUGUGAAACUUCCUCUGCUGUCGCCUGCUGUCUUCACACAGAUUGACAUCCAGUACAGCGAGAAGUUUGGGGUGAGCUUUGGCACCGAGGGGGAGACGAUGAUCCUGACCUGCCGAAUGAUCCUUACACCCAACAUCCGCCGUCUCCAGCCAGAAGCUGUGUGGUACCGAGACGAUGUGGAGAUAAAGAAGUCUAAAUGGACUAUGAUGCAGUACAAAGAAGGCACUGCCAUCCUCACCUUACCUCACCUGAAUAAAGAUGAUGAAGGCCUGUACACCCUCCGUUUGGUUACGAGAGGUGGCAUUUCCGAGCACAGUGCUUAUGUGUUUGUGAGAGAUGCUGUAGCCCCAGUGGUGGGAGCUCCAGGAGCCCCGAUGGAUGCCAUGUAUUACGAUGCCAACAAGGAUUACGUCAUCCUCACCUGGAAGCCGCCCAACGUCACCAAAGAGAGUCCCGUGAUUGGAUAUUUUGUUGACAGACGUGAAGUUGACUCGGACAACUGGAUCCAGUGUAACGACUCCCCAGUUAAAAUCUGCAAGUAUCCGGUGACUGGCCUGUUUGAGGGGCGUUCCUACAUCUUCCGUGUGCGAGCUGUCAACAAGUGCGGGAUCAGCAAACCCUCCAGGGUGACGGAUGCCGUGACUGCCUUUGACCCCGCUGACUUUGCAAGGCUGCAGACCAUUCAUUUUGAUGCCAGCAGACAGAUUGUUAUUUCCCAGGACGACCUGGAAGCGGAUGUGAAGAUACCAGGGUCCCCCACAAAUGUCCAUGCUGCCGAGACCUGCAAGAAUUACAUUGUGCUCAGCUGGGAGCCCCCAGAUCCCCGAGGCAGGGAGACGCUCAAAUACUACGUUGAAAAGACAAUGGCUGGCACCACCUCCUGGCAAAGGGUCAAUGUGGAGAUCGCGGCAAGCUCACCACGUCUUGCUAUAUUUGACCUGGUCGAGGGAAAAUCCUAUGAAUUCCGUGUCUUUGCAGUGAACAAGUUUGGAAUGAGCCAGUCGUCAGAGGUCACCGAGCCCAUCCUGGUUCAGGAUCGCAUUGAGAUUCCAUCUCCACCCGGGGCCGUUCGGUGUGCGAGGAACACAAAGCAUUCGGUGGUGGUGCAGUGGGUGGCUCCGAAGAACGUUAGUGAACUGAUCGGCUACUACAUCGAUUCCUGCCUGCUGGGAACCGAUGACUGGCAACCCUGCAACCACAAGCCCGUGAAAUACACAAGGUUUGUUGUUCAUGGUCUGAAGAACGGGCAGAAGUACAUUUUCCGCGUGAAAGCUGUUAACGCCGUCGGGGUCAGUGAACUGUCUCAAGAGUCCGAGCCCAUCAUUGUCCAAGCAGCCCUUACCGUCCCCUCCUCACCGUAUGGCAUCACUCUCCUCAACUGUAGCGGCGAUUCCAUGACCCUGGGCUGGAAGGUGCCGAGAUUCACCGGUGGCUCCGACAUCACUGGAUACUACAUGGAUCACCGCGAGGUUGCUGACCUGCACUGGCAUGAAAGCAACGUUAAAGCGAUCGCUGGAACCGUUUUUACGGUUGAAGAUCUGAACAAGGGCUCUUUCUACGAGGUUAAAGUGUGCGCAGUGAACCUUGGUGGGGUGGGCAUCCCUUCCGAAUCCAGCCGACACUUCAAAUGUGAACCAUGGACCAUGGCAGAGCCAGGCCCGACUUACGACCUGACCUUCUGUGAGGUGAGAAGCCACUCUCUAGUGAUCCUGUGGAAGCCACCACUCUACACGGGCGCCAGCGAGGUCACUGGCUACUUUGUGGACCUCUGUGAAAUGGGUUCAGAUGAGUGGAACCCAGUAACAGAACAGCCCGUGACCACACGCUACUUGAAGGUGACUAAACUGGAGGAGGGGAAGCGAUACCUGUUCAGAGUCCGGGCCGUGAAUGCUGCUGGUCCAGGGAAACCCUCUGAGCCGUCUGAACCUGUGCUGAUCUACUACAAACCAGAUACCAAAGAAAUUACCACUGGCGUUGAUGCAGAGGGCAAUAUCUACCUGAACUUCAAUUGCUUUGAGAUGACCAAUGCUUCCCAAUUUUCCUGGGGCAAAGCCUAUGAGGAAAUCACUGAAUUCACCAGAUGCCACAUUGAAACAGAGCAUGAAACAUCCAAGUUGAUCUUCAAACGGCCCGACCUGUUAGACUUGGGAACGUAUUCUGUGGCUGUCUCGGACACCGACGGCAUCUCUUCCAGCUAUGUUUUGGAGAAAGAAGAGUUGGAACGCUUGUUGGCUUUGAGCCAUGAAAUCAGGCACCCAACGAUCCAGUUGAAGCAUGAAUUAUCCUACGAAGUAUUUGAUAAAGGUCAAGUUCGUUUCUGGCUUCAGGCUGAACAUGUGACGUCUGAUGCUUUAUGCAAGUUUGUUGUCAACGACCUGGAGCUGGUCGACAGUGCGGAACACAAGAUUACAUUUGACAAAUCCACUGGUAUGAUUGAGAUGGUGAUGGAGAAGUUCACGAGCAAGAAUGAAGGUACCUACACUGUCCAAAUAGAGGACGGCAAGGCCAAAAACCAGUCCUCCCUGGUUUUGAUUGGAGAUGCAUUUAAGGCCGUUCUAGCCGAAGCGGAAUUCCAGAGGAAAGAAUUCUUGAGGAAACAAGGUCCUCAUUUUGAAGAAUACAUACACUGGCAUGUGACUGAUGAAUGUGACGUUGAGUUGAUAUGCAAGGUGGCUAAUACGAAGAAGGAAACGGUGUUUGCUUGGUACAAAGAAUUUGCUGCUGUCUUUGCAGAAGAACCACCUAACAUGGAGACUGGGGAAUGCAAGCUGCAUCUCACUGAGUUCUCCAAGAAGGAUAUGGGGGAGUACAAGAUGACACUGAAGGACGACAGAGGGCAGGAUAUCUCAGUUCUGGAGGUGGCUGGCAAAGUGUAUGAGGAAAUUGUCCAAGAGAUGAGCAGAAUCAGUGGACUAUCUUCCUCUGACCUGAAGAUAAAGUGCACUCCAGAAGGAAUAAGACUUCAGGCCUCCCUGAAGUACUACAUGGAGGAUAUGAAAGUGUUCUGGUAUCACAAAGAUGCCAAGAUUGCCUCAUCUGAGAAGAUGCGAGUCGGUGGAAGCAGCAACCUGGUUUGGAUGCAGAUCUGUGAACCGACAGAGAAAGACAAGGGGAAGUACACUAUGGAGAUUUUUGAUGGCAAGACGGGCUACAAGAGGAACUUGGAUCUUUCAGGAGAGGCUUAUACCGAGGCAUAUAAUGAAUUCCAGAGACUCAAAGCUGCUGCUUUUGCUGAAAAGAAUCGUGGUAAAGUGUUAGGAGGGUUGCCUGAUGUCGUCACUAUUAUGGAAGGAAAGACUCUGAGCCUCACCUCCACUGUGUUCGGAGACCCGACCCCCGAGGUGACCUGGCUGAAGAACGACAAGGACCUGGAAUUGAACGAUCACCACUUUGCCACGCUGGAGCAGGGCAAGUUUGCUUCCCUCACCAUCAAAGGCGUCACCACAGACGAUUCGGGCAAAUAUGGCAUUAACGUCAGGAACAAGUUUGGUGGCGAGACCAUCGAUGUCACUGUAAGUGUGUACAAACAUGGCGACCCAAUACCCGAGGUGAAGAGAGGGGUGGUAGCUCCUCCACCCCCUCCUCCUCCGAGUCCCAAGCCCGCUGAAGCUCCAAAGGGGACAAAGUCCGGCAGAAGAAAGUGAGGCGUGGAUGAGUUUGGAAGUGGUAACUUAUUGUAAACUUAGCUUGAACUGCAGUGAACUAUUACAAUGUAAAGCUUAAUGUAGAACCUGGAAGUCCCUCUUAGGCUGCCCCCCCCCCCACCCCCCCUGCAUUUCCCCUUUAAAUGGUGCUAAUAUUUAACCUGUCAAGUCAUGUCAGAGCCGACACUUCUGGUGAAUGCUGGCAAUGAAUGUUGACACACGGGGAUUUUCAGUGCUGGCCCUACUGGCUAAACUGGUGACAUGUGUUAGUGAUGGGUUUUGACACUGAAGGGGGUUUCAGUGUUGGCCCUCCUAGCUCAUGUUGCCGAUGAGUGUUGACAAAGUCACUCAUUAACCCAACCACAACCAUAUCCAGCUUACCUGCCAAGGCCAAGGAGUUGCAAAUCUCCACUUUGCUGCCCAUCAGUGAACGAUACCCUGGCUGUUUACAGAGGGACGUAUCUUGUCGACACAACAGCGUAGAGACAGAGGCUGUGAAUGCAUCUCUUUUGCUGAUCGUGGAAGCAUUCUUGCACCGAGACGGAGGGUGAUAAUGAGUCUCAUGCCCUUUCAAACUAAUUGCUACUUCCAAAGGGCUAAAACAAAGCAAGCGAGCACCAACCCUUGGCCAGAUAUCACUCCUACUGUUAUCCCAUCACUUGACUAAUGUUGUGUUUUGUUUGUCAUGCUUUGCACCAAUAAAAACCGCCUUUCACGGCAAUGUUGAAUCUUUA